CCCACAAACGCACCACUGCAUGGAGGGUACGAGGGAGAAUUAGGAAGUCCCCCAGGCAUGAGCGGUUACACUUACACGCCCAACGUGACCGGGCGCCCACCGGUAGAUGGCGUCUGCUUCGGUUGUCAAAAUGACGGAGGGGGUAAAAUGUGGACAGUGGUGGCCCACACUCAACAUGGAGCAGUCGGGGGGAAGGCCAACAGAUCGGGACACUGCUGGUUCUCGCUCAAUGGUCGGGAACAUAGGACCAGUGACUUCUCUUGGCUGUCGGCGCCGGAGGGUCGGAUCGUGCCUGUUCGGAACCGUGGAGUCGGGCCACCCAGGAGAGCCGUCGUGCUGGGGAGGCAGGGGUAUGAUGCUGCCGUCCACUACGCCGCUGUCGCCAACUCAGACUUCGGUCUGAUUCCGGGACGGGCCAAUGGGAACACGUGUUGGUUUGGACAUGGUGGGAAGGAAUAUGUGACCCCGGACUUUCUAUGGCUGGCUGUGUUUGUGUGACAUGUUCUAUCGUCUGAAAACGAAACGGGACGGGCCAAUGGGAACACGUGGUUGUUUGGGCAUGGGAAGGAAUAUGUGACACCGGACUUUCUAUGGCUGGCUGUGUUUGUGUGACAUGUUCUAUCGUCUGAAAACGAAACGGGACGGGCAAAUGGGAACACGUGUUUGUUUGGGCAUGGGAAGGAAUAUGUGACACCGGACUUUCUAUGGCUGGCUGUGUUUGUGUGACAUGUUCUAUCGUCUGAAAACGAAACGGGACGGGCCAAUGGGAAUACGUGUUUGUUUGGGCAUGGGAAGAAAUAUGUGACACCGGACUUUCUAUGGCUGACUGUGUUUGUGUGACAUGUUCUAUCGUCUGAAAACGAAACGGGACGGGCCAAUGGGAACACGUGUUGGUUUUGAACAUGGUGGGUACGAAUAUGUGACCCCAAUAGCGUUAUGAAGAACAUUUUUGUUUGCAAAUUAUUUUUUCAGAAUGUGAGUGAGUGAGUUUGAUUUUACGCCGCUUUUAGCAUUAUUUCAUUAAUAUCACGGCGGGGGACACCAGA